AGUAUGUUCCAAUAAAGUAGCCGGAUUAAUGAUAUUAAUGAUAAAGAACCACAGAGAAUAGACCGAAUAUUCUGGAAUGUGCUGGACUACAUGAAUUGAAAUUUUAAACGCGUGUUAUAUUUUCUUAUAAGAAGUAAUAAUCGAUAAUCAACAAUUUUAUUACUGUUUAUAGUUUUCUUUGAGCGAGUAGAAAAAGGGCAGUGUUAAUAUAAUUUAAAAUUGAACGAGAAUGUCUUCGAAUCAGGUGACUUUGUUGAAAGAUAAGGGAAAUGCAGCCUUACAAGCAAAUAAGUUCGAUGAGGCAAUCCAGUAUUACACUGAAGCUAUUAAUUUAGAUGGAAAUAAUCAUGUUCUAUAUUCCAAUAGAUCUGCCGCUUACGCUAAAGCUAACAAAUACGAUUUAGCUUUAAAAGAUGCGGAAAAGACUGUGCAAAUCAAGCCUGACUGGGUUAAAGGUUAUUCUAGGAAAGGAGCUGCUUUAUCAUUCCUUGGGGAAUAUGAUGAGGCUCUUCAGGUUUACGAACAGGCUCUGAAACUUGAUCCUGAUAAUGCUUUGAUCAAGGAAGGUGUUAAAGAGGUGUUGGCCCAAAAAUCAGCUGGUACUCAGAAAUUUGGGAAUCCGUUCUCUAGAGCUGAUUUGUUUAUUAAACUCCGAAACGAUCCGAGAACCAAACACUUUUUGGAUGACCCUGAAUACUUAAAUAUACUUCAAGAACUCCAAGCAAAUCCCAACAGUCUAGGAACAAGAGCAGGAGAUCCUAGAGUGAUUACAACAUUGAGUGUUCUUUUAGGUAUUGAUCUAGAAUCUCAGGAACCAAUGGACACAGAACCACCUUACACACCCCCUCCAAGGCAACCUCAACCAAAACCAGAGCCAAAAAAAAGCUCUGAACCCGAACUACCAGAAAAUAAAAAAUUAGCAAAACAAGAAAAGGAACAAGGAAAUGAUUUCUACAAAAAGAAACAAUUCGAUGAAGCCAUUCAACAUUACAGCAAGGCCAUUGAACAUGAUCCUACUGAUAUCACUUUCUAUAAUAAUCUAGCUGCUGUUUAUUUCGAGCAGAAAGAAUAUGAGAAAAGCAUAAAAGAAUGCGAGAGAGCCAUUGAUGUCGGUAGAGAGAAUAGAGCUGAUUUCAAAUUGAUAUCCAAAUCUUUCACUAGAAUUGGCAAUGCUUACAAAAAACUCAAAGACUUCAAAAAUGCCAAAAUCUAUUUUGAAAAAUCUUUGUCUGAGCAUAGAACUCCUGAAGUUAAAGCUUUAUUGUCGGAAGUAGAGAAAAUUAUCAAAGUUGAAGAAGAGAGGGCAUAUAUCAAUCCAGAAUUAGCAGAGAAAGAGAAAGAAUUAGGAAAUGAUUUAUUCAAAAAAGGAGAUUACGGCGCUGCUGUUAAACAUUAUUCCGAGGCCAUUAGGAGAAAUCCAAGCGACGCCAAACUUUAUAGCAACCGGGCUGCAUGUUACACAAAAUUAGCCGCUUUCGAUCUGGGUCUCAAAGACUGCGACAAAUGCACAGAAAUAGAUCCCAAAUUCAUCAAGGGCUGGAUAAGAAAAGGUCACAUUCUACAAGGCAUGCAGCAGUCCAGCAAGGCUAUUGCUGCUUUUCAAAAGGCAAUAGAACUGGACCCAAACAACUCCGAAGCGUUGUCCGGUUAUAGAAAUUGCACGUUGGAAAGCGCCGGUGUGGGUGCUGACCCCGAAAAAGUGAGACAGAGGGCGAUGGGCGACCCCGAAAUCCAGCAAAUAUUGAGGGAUCCGGCCAUGAGACUGAUUUUGGAACAAAUGCAAAACGACCCACGGGCUCUUCAAGAUCAUCUAAAGAAUCCUGAUAUAGCCGCCAAGAUCCAAAAAUUGCUAGCAUCCGGUCUGAUUGCUAUACAUUAAGCUUCUUGUGGAAGAUUCCGGAAGAGUUAAGUCACUCCAUUAGCAGUUCGAUAAAUGAUUUUGUAGAUCAAGACUGCCUUGGAUGUUUCUUUCAUUUUUGUUUUUAAAUACAUCGAGUUUCACUCGUCAUUCGAAUGUGCAAAGUAGAUAUUUUUUGUAUUGAAUUAUGCAUAAUUUUCAAUUCCUUGCUGAUGGUUCUUUAAGACCUGUAAUAAACGAUGUUAUUAUAGGUA